GCAGUGCGCGUACGUGCUCCCAGCGCUGGCUUCGCCCUAUGCUAAAUUAAUACAAAGUUUGUUAUUUGUUUGUUGAUAUUAACCUAAAACUCGGCGAUACGGUGCGAAAUGGAUGUGAAAAGUGUCGAUGGUGGGCAUGAGCACUUUCCGAGAACCAUCCGCUGGCGAACAAUCCCAGAAUAACCUCAUUUUGGACAAGGAGACAGCCACCACCACGCAGCAUGGUGAACAGCGGUUCCUUCGACUCGGACGGGCAGGGGGAUCGAAAUGCCAAAGCCGGACUCACGCAGCCACACACAGCCCCGGACAGCACGCAGUCCUCGAGCCCAGUCACCGCCAGCGCCGCCACAUCGUGUAACUCCGGCUUCUCCCAAACAGCUGACAGCGGGCUGCCCUCCGUCGCGCACGCCAUCGAACCGACGCCGACAAAAACGGAGUUCAACUGCGAUAUGCCCGUCGAGAAUUUCACGAACCUCUCCUCCGUCGACGGGGUGGCCGAGGAGAGUGCGGGGUCGCGCGUCGCGGACGAGAAGACCAGCCUGUGCUGCAGCCUGCCCCUGGAGAAGAUCCAGGGGGUGCUCACCUCCUACCACCCGCCCCCCGCGGCGAAGCCCGACGAUGACGGUGCGGCGAAGGCGGCGAAGCAGCAGCCCACGCGAAAGCUGUUGUGUUUGUACUGCGACAGGUCGUUCGUCAGCGCCAAUCUCAGGCAGAAACACGUAGAACGCAUCCACUCGGCCAAACAGAACCGCAGGGUGAGCUCCCGCAGGCAGAACCAACUAACCGUGACACCAUGUGUAUACUGUGAUAGACUUAACGGUACCGAAAACACGUUAAAAGAUCUCUUCCAACACCUUAUCAACGAACACUCUAGCAAAUACUUCGGCUGUCUUCCCUGUGAAGAUAGGUUCCUCACGUCUUCACUACUCGCCGAUCACAAUGCCGUCAGCCACCAGUCCAGCGCCUCGCGGACCAACCUCGACCUUUCGACCCCGGAGAAAACCACCUCAAAAUCACCCGCCCUGGAAAACGCCAAGGUGGGAUCCGAGGAAGAAGUCGUAGAGAUUCCCGUGAAAAUCACCAGGAGUAAAAUGAAGCCAAAGCCCGAGGAAGACGACAGGACUAAGAAACCAGUCACCGGCAACAAGAAGAAGUCCACGAAACUCAAAGAGCUGAGGUCCAAGAAGCUCUCGGUGAAGAGUUCGAGAAUAGCGCUGAAGCGGAGGGAGAGCAAACGACUCCAGGCCAUAGCGAAGUUAACGGACACUCAGAAGAAGAAGAGGCCCCGACCGGUCGAGAAGAAAUCCUCCAACCAAGGCAGAUCGGAGCAAACCAAUAGUACAAAAUCGACUGAAAAAACAAAGACAAAUCCAACCUGUAUAAACCCCUAUCCAGAGUUCGAUCAUUUUUACCGAGUGAAAAAAAUCACGGAUCAUUCCAUUGAUAAUUUAAAAAUUAGUUCUUUAACGUUUGACGACGUGUUCGACAAAGCGUUCUUUAAUCGUAUUAGGUGCAAUAUAGAAGAGAAUCUGUUACAUCACAUUGAUGGUAAGCUCUUCAAGAACGAGGAAUCGGAGAGCAGGAUAUCGAACUUCGAGAAAGUCUCGAAUAUCCCGCAGGAGAUACAAAACGCGAAUUCGGAAAAUUUCGGCUGCGAGCUGUCCCUGAACGCCGUUACCCCGGUGGCGUCCCUAUCACUCAAUUCCCAGUUCGGGGAAGACUUCGAAUCUCAGAUCGAAUACGGUUCGAAACCUUCGAAGAAGAAGACCCAACCCAGGAAGGACGAGAUCCACUACAAGUAUUUCACCAGGCGCAAGUACCAGGCGAGUAUUCUGGAACACAAAGAAAACAGAGACCUCAGCAAACUGGACAUGUGGACCCAGCUGGUGAUCAAGAAGCGCCAGCAGAAGAUGCUGGACGACAAGAAGAGCGCCAAGGAGAUCCUGGAGUACACCAGCUGCAACGAAUACAAGAACAAGCUGAAGCGCGAGGAGCUGAACAGGAUCCUGGACCGACGCGGUCCCUUCGAGGAUUUGAAGGAAGAGGCCAGCAAGAAAGCCGCUUUGGACAAACUCAAUUCCGCUUCUGAGGACAACAUAAGCGAGGAAACCUUCACGGAGGUGCGGGAGGUGUUGAACGAGAUCUUGAACAGGGUCUUCGCGACAACCGAAGAAAUAAACCUUACGAUCGCGGCUGAAACCGAAAAAAAUUCGUUUUCGUGCAGCAGGAAGGAAGACGUGAGGGAAAUCCCUGCUUUCCUGAACCUAAGACGGACGUCCUCGUUGCCUAGUGACGGGGAAAUAGACAAAUCCGACAAAAUAGCGCUGAUCUGCUCGUCUCAGGAAACGGAGAACUUCGAGUUGCCGACUAACCAGGUGCGCGGGAAGAACGAGCUCAUCGAGCUGACCGGCGAGUGGGCCAGGUGCCGGAUGUACAUUUGCGCCGCAUGUGGCGCCAAACUACCCAACAUGAGGUACCUCUUGGAACACAAGAGCCUCUACCACCAGAACGUGUGGGUCCAGCACUACGAGUUCGUGGGCAACCAGAGCGAACUGUACAGACACCUCAGCAUCCCGGCUUUGGGGAAGGUGGGCGCGGUGGAGGACAGUGUCCAGUGCAAGUUGUGGAGACGCAGUGACGCGCGGCUGUGCACCAAGUGCGGGAAACAGUGCAAUUCGUUGGGGGAGUUACACAGACACAUCUUGGAAUGCGGGGGCGAUUGGACGUGGAUGCUGGCGAGGAAGAAGUGCAAGUACAGGCCGUUCGGCGCGAAAUCCAGGCGGAAACGGAGGGGUUUAAUCCACCGCGUCCACAACAAGCAAAAGACUGAGCCCACAGAAAAGAAGACGUACAAGAAAACCUUCGAGGGCCCCAGACAGAGACCCAGCGAUGCCGAUACUAUUCAGCGUAUGUUGGCAAAUUUACCGGCGAAGAGAUCUACAAGGAAACUUAUCUCCCUCCAGGAUGGCAUUUACCGAGCUAGGAAAACUACGCAAAACAUAAAACAAAACAAGGUGAAAUGCGGUAAAGUAAUCUACAAGAGUUCUACUCGUAAUGAAACGACAGAAAAGACCAUCAACACGACGCCAACAAUAUCAAAGUCACAAAUUAAUUCGUCUUCGAGUCGGAGAUCUUUGAGGAACUUGAACAAAGUUCUAGUUAGUCGAAUCUUGGACACUAACACGACUUUGAAUGUCAAAAGGAAAAUCAAAGCGUUAAACGAUAGACGCAGGACAAGACAAUCUUUAUUGGAACAAGAAAACAUUAAGGAAAUAAUAAACGAUGAAAAUUUAGAGCAAAUCCUUACAAAUGAUUCUAGUUCUCCGUCAAAAACAAAGUCAAAGGUUCUGAAAAAAGAUGAAAUAGAACCUGAAGGCACCCAACCUUCAAGUAAGAGAAGCUCGCCCAGAUCUAGCCCUAAAAAUCUAAAGAAAAUGUCUGUGAAAAAACUGCUGACAGGGAAAAUAAAUAUCAAAAGUUUCUUCCCUGUCAAGAAAAAGAAGAACAGGAAAAUACUUACGGAAAACCAAAAUCCUCAAGAUGUAGAGAAUGCGGAAGCGGAAAAUAGCGAUAUUAAGACUAGAAGCAAGAGAAAAUUUAAAGAACCUUGCGAAGAGAAAACCGAAGAAAAAACGAAUGAAGUUGCAACUGUUAAAAUAGAGCAGAAGAAAACUAAGCAUGAGACUUUUAGUACUCUUGUGAGAUCGUUCAGUUUGAGAAAAAAGAAACUCGCGAAGAAGUCCAUUCAGAACAACGCUACGGAAAUAUCACUGAAUGAUGUAAAUAACAAACAGAAGAAUCCCACAACCGAAAACUCAGAGGAAAACAAACAAAUACCAUCACAAACUGGUCAGGAGCUGGAUAAAUCCGUAAAAAAACGGAAACUGAAGAGCAGUUUUCGCAGUGUAAUAAAUAAAGUGAAAAAAUUGAAAAUCGAAAACACUCCCGACAAUUCCGUGAAAACAGAAGACCCGAAACCUAACCCAAAAACCCCUAAAGACGGUGCUUUUUUAGAAGGAAGCAGUCUGGAAGGACCAUCGGUACCCGUUCGAGUGGAAAAGGUCAUCACACCUUCAACCUCCGAAACAAAAGAAAACACAGCUGACAUAUCCACGACUGCCCCUACUGCGAUCGACUUCCACGACAGCAAUGAAAAUCCUCCCAUCCCAGAAACCAUUUUUAAGUUAGAGUUGAACAACGAGAAAAGUCUGCAGGCCAAAGGAGAACUUGACUUCGAUACCCAGCCUGUAAAUACCAAUGUGACCAAGAGUAGUGACUGUAGCAUAGAAAAAACCACCGAAACAGAAUCUCCAUGUAAAGAGAACGACACUGCCCUUCAAAAAACUGAUAAAACUCAACCGAUCAGUAUAGAAACUUCUGUAAAACCCAAAGUAGUCCCACUGAUAUCCCCAAAUAUGAAGGGGAAAAUUAGAAAACCUACGAGAGGCUUAAACGAUUGCAUAGCCAUGUUAACAAGCAAGCUUCAGCAAAAGACUGUGGAGGAAAAUUCUAACAAAGUCGACAGUAUAUUCAGUUUACUGUCCCCGACUAAAGCACCAGUUCCAUUCCGAGAAAGUUACCCUCCUAAAACCGAGUGUAUCUUACGAAUACCCACUUUCAGAAGUCAAACGUCGUAUCCCGAAAUAGAAGAAACUGCUUUGGACCUCAGCACCAAGUCAAUGAGACAUAAAGAAUUGGCAGAAGAACCUUUUGUGAAAUCCUUAGACACGUAUAUUAAUACUACUAUGGUAAAAAUUAAUGAUGUUCAGCCACAUGGAAACUUUAUAAUCCCUACCUUUGACAGAAAACUAAAAGUUUUUAAUUCAGUGGACCGCAUUAUCGAGGAGGUUGUUGAAAACAGGAUUCCAGCCAUUGUACCGCAAAUUCAACAAAGGCAGUGGAACUCGGUAGACGAUAUCAUUCAGAAAGUUAUAGACGAUCAACGGUCUAAAAUAAAAUUACCCAUUAGGAAUUCUGUGGAUGACAUAAUCGACUUUGUAGUUGGAUCUGAAAAAAGUACUGGGAAUAUAAUAAAUGAUAUCGUCAACCAAGAUUUUAUCCUGAAUAAAGAGACGACUGUUAGAAAAAUUGGUUCCAUUAGGAAAUCCAAGAAUAAAAAAUCUUCAAUUGUUACUCCUGGAGAAACGGUUACUGACAGUACACCAAAAGUAGUAACGUAUGUCGAGAAAGAGCCUCUCAAAAAUAUUACUAUGACCAAAUUGGAUAGCACUGAUACAGAAAGUUCCUUUGCUAAGAGCAAUUCCUUGAAAAAGAAAAAUAAACCGCAAAAAUCUAUCAAUAACAUUCAACAUGUCGAAUCCGAAGGGAUUAUACUUAAUACUCCUAUUUUCCUUUCAAUUUUGAAGGCCACUGAUGUUCCAGAAAUUGCAGACAAAAAUAAAACCGAGGAAAGUAACAACAGUUGCACAGUAGAAAACAGUUCCCAGCAUGCCGAGUCACUCUUAAACACUGUGAAGACUCCUGAACAGAUCGACCUAAAAUUGAAUGAUGCCUUUAUCGACACCAGUAAGGAAGAAACAAUCGAGAAAACCAGCACUGCAAAAGUUAAGAAAGGAAAUAGAAAAGUCGGUCAGAUCAGAAACAGGUCCCGAGUUAAGGUGAUAGAAACAAAGGUUGAAGAACCACAGAAAAAGCUUCUAGAGACCAAUAUAGAUGCUCUACUAGACGUUAAAGAAAUCAAAUCAAGUUCAGAAUUACAAUAUUCCUCAAACCUGUCUGCUAGCAACGAGAACUUUUUGACCAAAAGUGACGAGAUGAAGCAGUUACCUAAUGAAGAUGAACCUCAUCUGCUAGAAAACAAGCCCAUGACUCUGCAACAGAAGCCUAACGUUCCGGCAAGUGAUUCUGAGGAUGACAUACCACUCGCAGCUUUAGUUAAAUCUGACGAAAAAGGAGCAAACCCAACUGAAGUGAAAAUUAAACUUAAAACCUCAUCUUGUGACGAGGUGACCGUUGAAAGGCAGAGUAACACAGAUCUGGCUAAUAUGAACGUAAAGGAAAAUAAAUCUGAAGAAACAAAUGAAGCCGAAUCAAAAGAUGAGCCAAAUAUUGGAAAAUUGGAUGCUGAUCAUUAUAGAAUGGAGGAAGUUGAAGCUGUCAGCAUUAAAGAAGACCUUGCUGUCUCAGUUGCAGAUAAUAGUAUCGACAAAACUAAAUUUAUUGAAAAACCAGAUACUAAGAAGAAUAAUAAUAGUGACAAGUCUCAAAUCGAAGAAACAGAAAUGAAAAUAAACGAGAAAUGUGAUGCCAACAAACAAAACCAAAUUAAUGAUAUAAUUGGUACAAACUUGUCAACAAUCACACAAGUUACAGAACUUAGUGAUGAUAGGCAGGGUUAUGUUACAGAUGGCAAAGUUUUUGGUGUUUCUCAAAAUACUGACAGUUUAACAUCAACUGUGGAUCUUCGUGAAGAUAAAACUUCUCCAGAGUCCUCACUUAUUAAAGAAAAAGAGAUUCUUAAUUCUGAAUCAGUAGUUGUAAAGGAAACUAUAAAAAAAUCUAGAGCUUUGAAAAAAGAAACCAAAAGUGUUUCCCAACCACUUAAUGAUACAAUACAAACAAAAUUGAUAUCAACACCAGAUGAACAAGCCAAAAAUGUGGAUCUAUUAGAAUCCGAAACAGAAAAAUCAUCUAAAACGAAGCUGACUAAUGAUGGAGAUUGUUCUAAAAUAACCGAUUUUGACGAAAAUGUUAAAGAGGAUAUAAAGAAUAUUACAGAAAUAUUUAAGAAAGAGGCCAGCCAAUCUGUAAAGAAACCUAAAAAUAGAAUGAAUAAAAAUAAAUUUGACGUUUCUAACAAAUCUUUGUCAAACAAUCCCUUAAUCGAUAUGAUUAAUUCUAAGGUUAUAGAGGAACUUACGGUACAAUUAAAACCAUUAACCCAAUCAGAUCAGUACUCAUUCAAUAUCCCCGAUUUGAAAAGAAAGUCAGAAUUAAAUAUUUUACUUGAUACCAUUCCACUUGAGGACAGCACAGAACAGGAGCUGAAACCAGUAUUAAGUCGAUCAGACGAAAUUUCUCCCAAAACAAAAACGAAACUCGUAAAAUCCAAAGCAAAAUUGAAAGCUAUGAAAACAAUGGCUCACGAUAACUUGAAGUUUCCAAAUGACACCAUGAACAGUAAUAUAAUUGUCGCAAGUUGUGGAAAAAUAGAACCAGAACAGAGUAAACAAAUUAACACUGACGAAGAUCAAACCCUUCUGAUAGAAGAUGAAAUUCCUUUAAAAAAAUUAUAUCAGAACGUAUGUAAUAGUAUUGCACAAUCAAACAAGAUGUCAAGAGAAUCUGAAGACGUCGAUAGAGAAAUAGAAAAUAUUUUAUUCUCGACUAAGAGAACUGGUUCUUCAAAGAGGAAAAAUGUGAAAGACCCCCUGGAAAACACAAUCGCAGAGAAAAUAGAUGCAAAUGAUUUGAUUUGCAACAAAACAAUACAUGCAAAAUGUGCUGAGGCCGAAGAAAAAAGUAAUACAAAAAAAUCUAAUGAAAUGAAAAAUAUUUUAGAUACAACUACUAAUAUUAAUAAAUCAAGUACUGAUGAUGAAGCAUUACCAAUCUAUCCAGAAAUGAACGUAGCAUCGAAAAAGUCACCAAAAGAAUUGAAACAGCCAGUGAUGAAAAAUUUAGAAAUAACAUUAGAAUUGACAGAUGUGACGAAAUCAGUAUUUUCACUUUCAACGAAUAAAAACGACGUGUUAAGUGAAAAGACAAUUAAGAUCAAAAAGAAACGUCAAUCGAAGUCUGUUAAUAAAAAAUCUGCAGAAGUUAAUGAUGAUAACAUCGUAAAAAACAGUUCUGAAAGUGAUGAAAAUGUGAAUGAAAAACCUGUUGAAUGUAUUUCAAAUAGAACCAAAACCGAAUCUGAUAGGUUGAACAGGUCAAGAUCCAGAUCCAUCAAAAAUACAUCAGCUUCAGAUGUUACUUUAUUACCGGAGCAGACAAACACAAUUGAUAUUACAUUCACUUCACCAACCAAAGAUAUUAAUGGAGAGUCGAUUGGAAAUAGUGUAUUCAAUUCGAAAUCUAAAGAUUUCACUGAAGUCGAAAAAGAUAAAGACUUCAGUAGUACUUUGGAAGAUAGUUCUAAUAUAAAUAAAACGGAUAUUACUUUAGAAAAUGCUGCACCUGAAUUGAGACAACUCAAAGAUAAUAGUUCCCAACUUAUGGUAAAAGGAAAAGUAAAGCAUAACAGGCAUUCAACUAAAACAAAAACCCCAAAGAAACCAAAAGCAAAAUGUAAGAUACCCCAAAUAGACCUAGAGCUUCCCAAACAAAUUAUAUCUAAUGAUGUUGAGAAAGCUCCCGUUGUAGCCAUAAUUGACCUUCUCGUUGACAACACAAAUUUAUCUACCAUGGACAAAGAAACUAAUAAAAACUUUGAUCCACCCAUCGAUCCUCAGAUAAAAGAAAAUACCAGUGAAAAUACACCUGAUAAGGUCAAUGAGGAACCUCCCAUUAAAAUCGUUAUCAAUAAACAGAAAACAAGGAGAAAAUCGAAGAGCUUCAAAAAAAUUGACCUGAAGGGACAAAACGAUCUGUUCAAAGACUUUGCCCUAGUCAUCAAGAAACCAAAACGGGUAACGCCUAUAAUCGCAUACACACCUGCGGAUACGUUUUCCAAAGAUAUUUAUCCGAAUUAUCUGAAAAAACCUGUUGAAGAACCUGUACCCUUACCGAAAGUUGACACUGAAAAUGAAGCAGAUGAAAAUUUUGCUGAAUUAGAUUCUUCAGUCGAAGAAAUGGACAUGGAACUCGACGAGAUCCCCUUCACUUCGAACAUUAUAGAACGUGAUACCAAGAGUUUUCUACCUCCGGUUACAGAAACAUUUAGUAACGCGGAAGUGGAGGCUUUCGUUGAGACCCUGACAAAAUUAGAAAACGAUAAACUAAACAUUGAAGAGAAGAACACCAGAACGGAAAAUAGUAUAAAAGAUGUUGCGAUCGAAGAACUGUUUUUGCCUUCGGAAAAAGAUUUGACACUACCGACAGAAGCGGAGGUAGAGGAAUUCUUGUAUGAAACCAACAGAAAAUCUACCAGAAAUAAAGACAUUGACACUGAAUCUCCCAAUAAGAAGUGCAAGAUGGAUUCGGAUAAUAAAAAUAAGACUCUAGAUAAUUCUUACCAGAAUGUGCAAGACCUAACAAAACUUGAUUUAAUUUCUGGGGAUGUGGAUGAGAAAAAUGAAGACGCCAUAGUCCCAACUCUAGUAGUACCAACUGUAGAGAGUGACGCUGAUAAAUAUGCUGAUAAUACAGUUGAUGCCUUGAUAAUCAAUUGUGACACUCAAAGUAUGGAAGAUGAAGGGAAAACGAACACAAAAAGAUCAGCCAGCAAGAAAAAGAAAUCUAAAAACAGUAAAAACAUGAAAGUUAAAGCUCCGUUUACUAAUAUGGAACCAGAAAAUAUAAACGCUAAACCAGUUUUUUCUCCAGUAGAACCGUCACCUGCUUUAAAUUCCGACGUCAAAGAGCAUAAACGAAAGAGGUGCAAGUCAACAACGAUCGAUGAAAUUUAUCCAACUGCAAAUGACGAACUGAAGGAUUUAGGCAAAAACUCAAACAAGCUGAAGGAUAUAGACAGCAUAUAUGCUUUCUCCGAAUCAGAGGACUUUGAAAUUGAAAAACCAAUAGAAAAACCAAAGAGGCCUCUAAGGAAACAAACAAAGUCGUUGUCUGAAUCCGUAAAUACAACCACCGAUGAUUUAGUCAUUGAUAAUUUGUUGCCUUCAGUUUAUGAAGCCACCUCGAAGCAAUGUCCGAAGGACCUAAAACCUGAUGGUGAAUAUAAAGAAACAGAAAUUACAAAAUCAAGUUCUGCCAAAAGAAGGCCUAGGUUGUGCAAUUUCAUCUCUGAGCAAAAUACAGUUGGUGAAAUUAAGGAAAAUGACGUUAACAUAGAAGAAGAGAGCAGAAAAUCUGUAAGAAGCGCGAAAGUAAAAGCUUUAGAACAUAUCCAUGAUGACGCUCUGGCUGAGUUAACAGAAAGCGAAAGAAACAGGGACCUAGAAAAGGAUAAAAAUAGUACGAUCGAUGCUGCUGCAGAGGAAAUAAUCAAAAAAAGGGUUAGUAGAAGGCAAAACAGGUCCCAGAAAUCUCAGAUAGUGGAGGAUUUGAAAGUAUCUAGCGAUUCUGAGUUGAUUUCUAGCGAUAACCAAGUAUUAGAUCCAGAAGAGAGUGCCGGUGAAAAUGUAGAGGAAUUAAUAAAGAAAAAUAACGAUAAUCCUAUCGAAGAUGAGACGGUGGUACCUUUGGAGAAAGAGUCAAAUCUAAAUGAAAUUCUUGCCCCACAACAAAUUAAAGAAACCUUAGACCAACCGAUCAAGAAAAAGAAUAACAAGAAAACCAAGGCAAGUAAAACACAGAAAACCAAAAAAUCAAUUGAUAUUUUCGAAAUAUCACCGGAGGAAGCAGAAAAAUCUUUGCUACUCAAAGAGAUAGCUGGAGACCUGACAGGUUUGGAAGAAUUAGAGAAUAGCAUUGAAAAGGAACUUAAUGCAGAACCUGAGGUCAAAAAUAUUUCCAAACAGUCGAAGAAUAAACCAAAGCAAACUGAACCAGUAGUCGAAAAACCAAGUGAAUUGCUUGAUGGAAAAACAAGCGAACAGAGCUUCCAAGGAAACGACAACGCCGACUUACCGAUGGAAGACAACAACCAAGAACUGAGGAGGAGCAGAAGGGGUUCCAGGAAAAUAGCCUCGUACAACGAAAACGAUCUUAUCGAUCCUCUACUCGAUGAAAUAGACGGCAAGAAGAAAAUAAGGAAGAAAGAGAAAGCAGUGAUUGAGGAACUCGAAAACAAAAGCCAAAGGAAAGUGAAGGAACCAGAAAAAAAAUUAAAUAGCGAAGAGUUGUUCGACCUGUUAAAAGCUUCAUCUACUGAGAAGCCUCAGACUGCAUUCGGCAGUAAUGCAGAUGAUUUCUCCAAAGAGUUAAAUGACCCAACUUUACAGAAUGCAUUAGAAAGCAUCCUUGAUAGCACGGAUAAAAGUAAGGAGGGAAAAAAUGUGGAAAGUAUUUACGAAUUCACCGAUAGUCCUGAAAACGUUGAACAACCCAAAGACAGUAUUUCAACAUUAGAUGUUACAAGGAAACAAAACAAAAAAGUCGCUAAACCUGCACAAUCGAAAUCUCAAGCAGAAGGAAACCUUGACUCAGUCUCCAUUAAUGAUCCAAUUCCAGAUAUUACAACACUUGUUCCCUCAACACCGGAUAUACUCGAGUUGAGUAUGGAAAGUAAAACAAAAAGUCUCAAGUGCGAUAAAGCUGAACCUACGGAUAAAUCAAACUAUUGCGAAAUUUGCAACAAGAAAUUCAUCAGGACAGAUAAUCUGGUAAAACACAAACGUACCUUGACGCACAUCCAGAAGCUCUCGGAAAUCGAGGCCAAGGAAGCCGCUCAGAAAUCACAACCUCACGAACAGUCAAAUAACUCUUCUAAAACGUCAACUUCCAUCAUUGAGAUAACAUCGGACUCGUCCAAAGUAACAGAGAACUUGUCCAAGUCCGAUAUAAGUAUCCACGAUAUUUUGCAGGAAUCCGAUAAGCCCAAUCGACAGGAACACGUCACUGACCACACUGCAUUCCCAAACAAUCACUCUCUGAAGUUAGCAGACAUUAUUAAUGACGUUUUAAAUAAACCCGUUCUCGAGGGCGACGACAAGCACAAUAGUUUCUCUGAUAUCAUAAUGCAGAACAAUGCGGAGAUUCAACCCGAAUACCGACGGUACAAGAGCCUAGGCGAACGUAAAAGCUUCGAUUCAGAACCCAUGAACGCUGAACCUCGACCAGUACCGAUGCCAGAGCCCUACGUUUCCAAAACGACCAUCUUAGAGAAACAGAUAAGCCUUCUAGAGAAUAUCAUAGAAAACCAAACGGGAGUAAAUUAUAUCGAUGACAUAUCGAUGUCCUCAAAUAAUUCCUUAGAGAACAACGUAUUGAUCAGCCCCUCUGAACUGAGUUUGAAGCAAGACGAUUCAAACACCUACUCGAGAAUUAAUCUGACGAAACCGAACACUAACGAUGAGAGUUUCCUUAAACCUUCGCAGUACGAGGAAAUUUCCGAAGACAGCGUUAAUUUACGCAGUUACGAGGAUCAGAAGCUAAGAAAAACCCUAAAUAGGGACGAGGAAUUAUUUUUGGAGUGUUGUAGUUUACUUAAAAGCGGUUCGGAGAUGUCCAGCUAUUCGAAUAAGAAAUCUCAAAAUAAAGUCCUGAAUACCAUGGGUUUGAAGCAGUGCGACGAACCCGAGUGGUUGGAACGGAAAAGCUUGGUGGAAAAACCGUUGUACGAUGUGGGGAACGAGUAUUCCGAUAAUUCAAGGAUACCAACUCCGCUGGGAGACAGCUACGAUGACGACGCGUCGAAUUCCAACACGAUAACGUCGAACUGGAACAUAAACAAGAAAGUUAACGUUUUUGAAGAUAUAUCUCAAGACAAAGACGAUGAUGCGAAUAAAAGUUUUAGCUUCCAGGAAAUUUUAAACGAAGACGAAGGAAAAGAUAAGGCUAAAGGCAACAUAUCUAAAUUUGGAUGCAUUCUUUCAAAGACAAUCGGGGUGUUGCCAAAGGUGAUCAAAAGAACAUCAACUAUUCCCGUGGAUGAGCCUUGUGGAAAGAAACACGAGGAACUCAGUGACGGAUCUACCAGCGAGGGCAAGAAAAUAAUCACCAAGGGGGCCAGAAAAGUUUUUGAAGGCCUUAAAGUAUCCAUACCCACAGAAGAACUGAACUUGGAAGAAGUAUUAAAUUGUAGCCUGAAAUCAAAGAAACUAGAUGUUGCCAGUAUUCAAAAUUUAGCAGAAAAAUCGAUAGAACAGUCCUUAUCGUCGGCUAAACCACCCAGAACGGCUAGAAAAUCCAAACCAGUCAAGAAUAAGUCGCAGUUUGGGAGCAACCUAUUGUUCAAAAUGAAGAAGAAAAAAGUCGCAUCUCCCACCAGUACAAAAAAUAAAAGCGAUGACGUCAAAGCGCACGAUAUCUACGACUUCGAGGAAACCCAAGAUAACACAGACGUGUUCACAAAACCAGAUUUUCGUGCGUUCCGGAACAUGAAAUCUAACGAAGCCGUUUUGGAACCAGAGAGCGACACAGAUAGCAGAGACUACUUGGACUCUUUCAGUUACGAGGCUCAAUCGAUCACUUCAAGUAUAUCUUCAUCGUCCUCGAAGAAACCUAAGACUCAGGAAAACAUAACGAAGAAGAAAUGCAUGAUAAUGGGAAGAAUAUUUAAAAACGCGGCCAAGUCGAAAAUCGAGGACAUCGACGAGGAAAUCAGAGACAUUCCAGCAUUAGACAAUUGUGAAUUGGUGGAAAGCUACGUAGCGGACUGUAAGAAGAUAAUCAGAAACGAAGAAGUGGUAAAACCAAAGUUAUCGGAAAAAGAAAUCAACCAACUGUUCGAUCAGUUAUUAGAGGACAGAUUGAACGGUCAGGACGCCAAAACUACGGAAUUGAAAACCUGCGUGAAACCUAAAAUUGACGUCACGAAAAAGACUGAUAACAAGAAAAAAGCAAAGCCGAAAAACAAGAAGAGAACACGCACCAACUCGGAUUCUACGGACGACGAGUUCAGCCUGAACAAAACUAGCAAGAAACGAGCGUACAGGAAAAACGCGAAAGCCGAGGACAACUGCAUCAACCUCGAGCAAGAACUCAAAGAGUGUAUCGGCGUUGCCAGCAGGAAAAGCCAGAGGAAAUGUACCAGUGGCAAACAAAACGUUUUAGUCGAAUAUUGGAGCUCGGACGAUUCCCAAUUCGAGGCGCUACUAGAAACUCAAAGGAUAGAAGCGAAACAACCUGCCAAAGUCGCGGAAGCGAAUGAAACCGUAGAACCCGAACCACUGCCGCAAGAACCAGAAGUAACAGUGGAAAGUAACCCCGCGCCACCCGACAAGCUACCGGAUUUGAAUGCUUUGGAAAAGCACAAACUAAAGAGCCUCGAGAAGAAACCUCAUCAAAAAAGAAAACCGUCGGGUGAAAAGAAAUGUACCGCACCCGGCGCCGAGAAAACUUCCGAUUCCGUGAUGUCGAACAGGCGAAAAAGAGCAGCCGUGAAUCCCCUUUACCACUGGUCGAGCUCAUCGGAAGACGAGUCCCAAGACCUCAUCGAGGUGAAGCCCUUGAGGGAGGAGUUGGAGGACGACGAGGACAGGCCCAUACAGCACGGGUGGAUAGUUGGCGAUUCGCCAAAGAAAUUAGUUACGAUGCUAGCUCAAGCGAAGGGUAAAAAAACUGAUAUAGACUGUGUUAAGGAACAGGGAAAGAAACGGACUAAUGCAGUUAGUUGACGGUAAAUAGUGAAAUGUUUUUAGUUGGUGCAUUUAUUGAGGACUAGAGAGCAAACGUACACGCGCUGGAAGUAUUCGCCGGUCUAAUGUAAUUUUGUUAGUGAUUGGCGGUUUGUUUAUUUUUUAUUUUUUUGGCUAAAUCGUUCUAGAAAGGGAUCUAUGAUUAUUUUGCGGAUAGAUGUGGGAGCAGUAUUUUGGGACAAAGAAAAUUAAAAUUGGAUUAAAAGCGGUACUAAAAAAUAAUUAAGUCGUGGCUGAAAUAUACUCCGGAUGUGUGCAGGAAACGAUGCUCUCUAAAAAUAAUGAACACUUAAGAUUAGUGCACUACGAGGUAAAUUUACAAAUUACGCUAGGGCUAAAUCAAUGGAAAAUUAAAUAAAGUGUACAGAUUUCUUAGUUGUAAGACUAAAUUUGAGUAAUGUAAGGGGCAGCUUGUGUAUUACCUCUGAAUGUCCAUUGUGUAGUAUCGUUUGAUAUGGCACUAAGAUUUUUUCGUAUUUUUAUAACGUUUGUUUCUUAGAGAAAUUAUUUAAUUUGUAUUAUAUUUAAUAUCGAAUUGAUAUCUUUUUUUUGUUAAUUUUAAUAUAUAUUUUGUUUUAUAUUCUACAUUGUUAACAAAUGAUUAGUUUUAAAAUAGCUGCCAAUAUUGCCAUUUUUUAUAAAAAUUAUGAGCAGACGUAUAUGAAUAAAUUUUGUUAAAGUUUGAGGACUAUUUUUUAUUGGAAUAAUUUGUAUUAAUUUUUACUAGUAAUUGUCGUCUUUUGUGUUCAUAGUAAGUAUAUAGACAUAAUUUGUUUAUACCUUAUAUUUGUGUAAUUAGUCAAUUCUAGUAUAAUCGGUUAUAUUCAGUAUGUUUCUUUCGAUAUGUUGCUUGCUGUUUACACUGCCAAGAUGUGCCUUGGGCCAUUGUAAAGUGGGUCGUGAUAAUUAUUUUUCUUUCUGUACAUAUUGUUGCAAAUAGCAUGUGUAUUAUAGUCGUAUAUAUGGGAACAAAGUUAACCGGUAAUUGUCUUUGUCAAACAUGUAUCAAGUCUUUUUAAUAAACGAUUCCCCCAUAGGUA